UUGUAAGCAGGAUGGUGAUAUGAUCAGACUCACAUUUCAAAAGGUCACUCACUGCAGUGUGUAAAAUGCAUUGGAUGAAAUUUCCUCACCUGAAACAUAAGGAUGGAGAUACUUGCUAUGUGUAUCGGACAGUUCAUUACGAUAAACAAAUUACACACUGUGGCAAAGGAGUGUUUUAUAAAAUAUAAAUGAUGUAGAAAACUUCAUAGUGAUAUUUUACAAGAAGCAAUAUAAUCAGAAGUUUAUAUACAUACUUUUGAAUUUUUUCUAUGAACAAUGGCAGCCUGAACUCAUGAAAGAGUUUUGUUUAUGUUAACAGGCUUCCUUCACCAGGGUAACUACUCCUUAGGGUGCUCACAAAAGAAAAGGAACUUCUCCCACUCUCUCAUUCUGUCUCUUUGCUCUUUCCCUCUCCCGAGCACAUCUGAGUGCUGCCUGGAGCCCAAGUCUGGCUCCAAACCCAUGAAAAUUUGCUAAGUAUAAAAACUUCUCAAGAAUGAGAUGGAUCCUGGGGCGUCAAGAGUAAAGGGCUUGGUGUAUGUGGCUGGGUCCUGUUUGCCCUUUCUUUGCUGCUGCUGAUCAUCACCUUCCCCAUCUCCAUAUGGAUGUGCUUGAAGAUCAUUAAGGAGUACGAACGUGCUGUUGUAUUCCGGCUGGGACGCAUCCAAGCUAACAAAGCCAAAGGGCCAGGUUUGAUUCUGGUCCUGCCUUGCAUAGAUGUGUUUGUCAAAGUUGAUCUCCGGACCGUCACUUGCAACAUCCCUCCACAGGAGAUCCUCACCAGAGACUCUGUGACCACUCAAGUGGACGGGGUGGUCUAUUACAGAAUCUAUAGCUCCGUCUCGGCGGUGGCUAACGUCAACGAUGUCCACCAAGCCACCUUUCUGCUGGCUCAGACCACUCUGAGAAAUGUCCUAGGGACACAGACCUUGUCCCAAAUCUUAGCUGGCCGAGAAGAGAUCGCGCAUAGCAUCCAGACCUUACUUGAUGAUGCCACCGAGCUGUGGGGGAUCCGGGUGGCCCGAGUGGAAAUCAAAGACGUCCGGAUUCCCUUGCAGCUGCAGAGGUCCAUGGCCGCCGAGGCCGAGGCCACCCGGGAGGCCAGGGCCAGGGUCCUUGCAGCAGAAGGAGAAAUGAAUGCUUCUAAAGCUCUGAAGUCAGCCUCCAUGGUACUGGCCGAGUCCCCUAUAGCCCUCCAGCUGCGUUACCUGCAGACCUUAACCACCGUCGCCACAGAGAAGAAUUCCACCAUUGUGUUUCCUCUGCCCAUGAAUGUUCUAGAGGGCAUUGGUGGCAUCAGCUACGAUAACCACAAGAAGGUCCCUAACAGAGCCUGAGGUCCUCCGGCUGCCACCAGCCAUCGCUUAGGGAGGCGUGUCUAUUCCUAUGGAGACCUCAGCAGUUAGAAGUGUUGAGAAUUUCAACACUAUUUAAGCAGAGCAACUCUACAGCUGGAAUAGCAUUAGCAGGGGAAUGCUAUAGAGGUUA